AUGUGGGCGCUCACUCCCUCUGUAUUCGCGAAUAUUCAUUGGUGUCAGUCUCCGUUGCGAUAUCUUGGUGUGCCUCUCGAUAACUUCCGUAAUAGUGGACCUCAUUGGACGUCCGCGAUAACCACUAUCCGUCGAAAGGUGACAACAUGGCAGGAACGUGAUCUCUCCACUUUUGCAAGAGCUAAGGCAUGCAAUACAUUUCUCGCUUCUAAGCUUCUUCAUGUUCUGCAGGUCUUGCACUGCUCACGUGUCCAUGUCCAAGCAUUUCAUAGAAUACUUGCAUGUUUUAUUUGGCAUUCAUCAUGGGAAGCCAAGAGAAGGGACAACCUUUUUCUCCCGCUUGAAAAGGGAGGCCUGGGGCUUGUGCAUUUGUUCGUGCGACAAUUGGUCAUGCGCUUAUUUUACCUUAAAAGUGUCCGUCAUUCAUUCCUUCUCGCAGUUAAUCGAGCACGUCUUGCGUCCCACCUCCGUUUUCUUUUUGUCACGACAAACUUUGCUCAAGAAGUGCCGUUAUGGGGCUUCCUAAAGGAACUUGUCGACACUAUUUCAUUCUUAAAAGCCAGAUUCACCCUUGAAUAUUUGUUUACAGGUAAUCGCACGUCGCUAAAUGUAGCACUUAUAGAUAACCUUUUCCCUGAACCUCUGUACCGAAAGCCGUAUCUGUAUCUAUUUGGUCAAGAUGUUCUUUUCCAUGUCCGUAGAAUGCGCAUUGAGCCAGCAGCGAAAACGUUUUUCUUUAAGCUGCACACCUCCACACUGCCAGUUAAAACGUGGCUUCAGGAAAAAGGACGGUAUGUACCCUGGAGUACAAAUUGUAGACAUUGCGAUCAACCUGAGACAAUAGAACAUUGCUUUAUACUUUGUCGCGACGCAUUUCAUUUUUGGGACAUUUUACAAAGAACUAUCAAAAAAGACUUUCCUCUAACAUAUUAUGGUAUCCGGUUCCUUCCUUUCAAAAAGACAGCCAGCAAUACACCAUACGAUUUGUUCAUGUUAUAA